AUGGCAGAAAAUAAUAACAAGAUGAAGAAAUCAGAUGAAGAUUUUGAAGACAGUGAAAAUGAAUUAGAAAGCUACAAUCUUGUAAUAAAUAACAUACCCAGACCAUCACAAAUCACAAGCCAUAAGUUGAGAGAAUGGCUAAUUAAGGUUACCAGUGAAAAUAAUAUAAAAGUUACAACUUCGGGAAUCAGUCAUUUUGCUCAUUUCACAAGUGCCACAAUCGGAGUCGAGGAAAUGAUGGAUAUAUUGAGGAAUUCCCCUUAUGAAGGCACACAUCUUGAGGUAGAUGAAGUGAAGAUCAUAAAGAGACUACACGUAAAAAACUUGAGGGAAGAUGUAACUGAGGAUGAGAUUGUCCUCUACUUUGAACAACCCAAGUUUCAUCCAAAUAAUUUGCCAGAUGAUGCAGAUUUUUUUGUCUCUGUUCUACAUUUAGAUAAGAAGAAAAAAUUUGCAUUUAUUAAGCUUCCUGAUGUAGCCGAUCUAAACAUAUACAUCAAUGCAACUCACUCCGAUAUAUUGGGAGAGAACCUUAAAGUUUCUGAUGGCAAACUUUUGAAAAAAAGAGCCAGGGGACAGAGGAAGCCUCAACAUUGGCAGCAACAUCAAAGGAAAAAUAUGAAUGAUAAAAGUAACAACUUGAAGACAUCAGAUGGGCAUAGAGCUUUUAAUAAUAGCAGCAAAAGCCGAGAUCAUUCAGCUGAAAGUCAGAGAUCUGAACACUACAGAGGAAGGGCCAGGACAACCAAACUUGUUGAUAUUGAUUUUGAUGGAGAUUUUCAAAGGACGAACUUGGGGCGUAUGAGCAAAUCUCAAAUUUUACAUCAUCAACAGCAUCAUCAUCAUCAGCAACAACAACAACAUCACUAUCAGCAAUAUCGUCAUCAGCAUCAUCAUCAACAACCGCAUCAAAAUCAUCAACCAUCAUUUGAAUUUUACAACAAAAAGGUUGUGUAUGUUGAGGAUGAGCAGAGGAAUGAGAAGAGAGAAUUGCUUAGAAAAUUUUUGAAGGUUUUGACAAAGACGUUUGGUUCAGAUUGGAUGAUUUGGAUUGAUUUAUCCAAUCCUGAGAUUCAUCUUGGUCAUUCCAGUGACGAGGAGAAGUUGCAAAAAGUGGCUGACCACAUAAAAGAACUGCUGAUGUCCGCGGUGUCGUGUGAGGUCAACUUUCCUCGUGAUCUUGCUGAUGUCUGCUCUGUAAAUUACAAUCUGAUUAGGAAGGGAUUGAUUGAUUUGUUGGAUUGGUUCAAAGUGCCGGCAGUGCCAUUCUUGAAUGCGUCUGGUACGUUGAGCGUCUUGGCGGAGAACCAAGAAGUCGCCACAAAAACGGCAAAGAUGUUGGAAGAAGAUUAUAAAGACAGGUACAUCACCGUUAAAGGAAACCAGUGUAGCUUUCCAGUUGAUAACUUUUCGACACCGAAGUGGGAGAAAUUUGUGACAGGUCUUUCUAGAAAGUUCUUAGUGACUGUAACCGUUGAUGCAGAUGAUUCAGAGAACAUUCUGAUAUCAGUUGGAGGUCUGAAGAGUGACAGGGGCUUCAAAAGAGCGGUUGAUGAAAUCAGAAGAGAAGUUGAUAGCAUGGGGAACGCCAUCGUUUCUGUCGUCGGCGAUGCCGGGAGUGAGGAUUACAAGUGGAAAUAUAAAGACGAGAAAGUUCACGAUAGAAAUAGGGAAUUUGACGAUUCUACUGAAAAUGAUUGCACUUUUGAUUGGGUAACAAAGUCUGCUGAUCACAAUGCUGCCAAUAAGAAGACGAUCAUCAAACUGUCAUCCUUGGAGUUUCGAUUUUUGAAACGGGGAUUACCUAACGUGGUGACAUUAAGAUGUUACAUAGUAUUAAUAAAUUGGUGCAGAAAUAACAACAGUAUCCACUACAACUUCACUGAAUCCUGCCUGGAGAUUUUUGGCAGUGAGGUAAACCGCAACGAAAAGAAAAAAAUUAUUGAGGAGACCAUGUCAUCGUUCAUAAGGAAAGAUUUCCAUUUCUCUAUUCCUGGCAUAACUUACAACUUCUACAAAGAAGAUAACAGUCCUCUGAAAUCUCUGCUGAUUUCUCUGGAAAAAGAUAAGAAAUGUGCUUUGGACGUGAAAGCUGGAGAUACAGGUUCAGACAUCGUAGUUCAAUGUGUUUGUGGUUACAACGCUAUCAACUCAAUGGAAAACACGUUGACGAAGGCAUUGAUGAGAAUGAUUGAUGAGAGGACUAUAUCUUAUUCGUUCAUCUUGAAAAAGUCUGCAGAUGUUUGUUUCGAAGGUGACACUCAAUCACUGGACAAUGAGAAAUCAGAGUCGAUAAUAUUGAAAGGCCGGAAGAUGUAUGUUUCCAAAGUUGAAACGAUCGUCAACAAUCUUUUUUUAAACUAUUUAAAGAAGGUUCCCCUAUAUCAAGAAGAAGUUCAGCCCACAAUACUAACGUUGGAUAGUCCAUUGAGAAGGACUAACCCUUCCAAGUUUUUUCGAUUGUUUGGUCACCAGGACAUUUUGGCUCCGUCCCACUGGAUCUCUCACCAAGGCUCACUCAGAACACAUUCCGAUACAAAAGGCGUGUUGAACAAAUUGGAUGAGAGAUCCACCCUGUACAAUCUGAUCAGUUGCAUGGUUUAUGAUUCAUGGUCGGAUGAUGGAACGUUCCUUUUUGAUGCCAACUCCUCGUCCAAGGAAUCUAUAAAGAUAGAGAAUAUAUACGCAGUGGAGAACGUGUAUCAGUACAAGCGCUACAUGACGAAGAUCAAUGAGUUCUGCCUUCAGAACCACGAUAAGAUAUCAGGACUGUCUCAACAAACUCGAAGUGUGCACACCAGACGAAUCACAGACAACGAGCCAACAUUGUUACAUGAAAUCAACGAAUGCUACCUCUUCCACGGGACGGACAGGUCAAACAAGCAGGCCAUCGUCGAUCAGGGAUUGGACUUCAGGCUGGGAAGCACUGCAUCCCUCUUCGGCAAGGGAAUUUAUUUUGCGGAGAGUUGUACGAAGGCUCACUAUUAUGCCGUCAGAAAUAAUUUCUGCACAUGGCAAACAGAUUCAACUGACUCAGGGUCAAACUGGACAGACUCACCAUUCUGUAUCUUCGUCACUCGCGUCUUUCUCGGUAACGUACAUUGCUGCGACAAAGCUCAGCCCUUCAAACGACCCCCCUGCAUGGAUGCAUCGUGCAAGUCGGACACCUGCCACCAACAUCCUCUCUGUGACUCCGUCCUAGGCACCAACAGCUACAACGAAAGAAUGCAAAAGUGCAUUUCCCUGAGGAAGGAACGAGAUGACAUCAUGACGUCUACUGGCGUCUUCGCUCGAGCCGCUAAACUUAGUGAGAUCAACGAAAACCUCAGGAAGCACUCGAGAUAUCUCUUCAGAGAAUUUAUAGUUUACGAUCAAUCGCAGUGCUAUCCUGAAUUCCUCGUUGAAUACAAAAAGUUGAAUGACAAUAACAUAUGACAUUGCUUUCCAUCAUGGUUUUUUAUGUUUAAUUCUUUUAAGUGCUUAUCAUUUGUGUCCAUUUCCAAUUAUUUCCACAUGUAUUUGCCAAGCUUACUCAAUUCUUCUAUCGGAUAUAAAUGAACUGCUGAACAAACUUUCCUUCCUUAUUUAUGACAAUUUAUUUAACUUUUGCCAUCUUGUUGUAUAGCACGUCGUCAAUCUCUUGCAUAUCAUCGUGUGAUAAACCAAAAAAUUGAUAAUAACAUUAUAUUUAUUUAAAUCAAUGAGUGUUCUGGCCUAACAACAACUUUUUUUGUUAAAUUAUAAUUUUUAAUGGCACGUUACUGGCGAAAAUUUUAAUUAUAAUUGAAUAUUGUUAAUAGAUCGUUGCAAAUAGCUCGUACUCCAAUCACAAUCUUCUGUUAAUUGUGGUGAAUGUUAACUCGCGACAUAAAUCUAUUUACUGAAUUUAUUUGAUUAACGAACG